AUGAGCAAACAUAGCAGCCGCAGAUCUGGCCACUCUACGGACAGCGAAGCCGCAUGGCAUUACUUUAAGCACUCGGGUGGCAAACGCACCAACACCAACGCUAUACUCGCCACAGCCCUCAAGAAGCAGUAUCCCACCCUCCAUCUGAGCAUCGUGCCAGCGUACACCGCCGACAUCCUAGCCUUCGCAUCCAGCGGACAGGCCAGCUUCACCGAGGUCGAGGACGACACCGGCGACGACGGCGUCCCCGCUUCGCUCGGCCAGAAGCUGUUCGUGCCGCCGCCGAGGCGCGGCGACGGCGGCGUCGUCAUCCGCGCGCCCACCUUUGCCAAGUUCCUCUACCAGCACGGGGGCCACGAGUUUAUCGUGUACCUGGCGCGCGCACAGGACGGCACGUACGACGUCCAGGACACGUACUACAUCCUGUCGACCGACGAGGCGCGCACCGACGCGCUCGUGCGGGCGGCGGGCGCCUGGGCCAGCGUGCUGCACAACGAGAUCUGGGUCUUUGACGGCGGCUUCUGGCGCAAGGACGCCGGGCUCUACGCGAGCGUCAUGAAGGCCUCGUGGGACGCCGUCAUCCUCGACGAGGAGAUGAAGACGGCGCUCAUCGAGGACCACCUGUCCUUCUUCCGGUCGCGCGCCACCUACCGGAACCUCAAGGUGCCCUGGAAGCGAGGCAUCAUCUACUACGGGCCUCCCGGCAACGGCAAGACCAUCUCGAUCAAGGCCAUGAUGCACACGCUGUACAAGCUGACGCCCGAGGUCCCUACGCUCUACGUGCGAACUCUGGCUUCGUUCUUUGGUCCUGAAGAUUCCAUCAAGAAAAUAUUCGCUCGCGCUAGGCAGUUUGCGCCCUGCUACCUAGUCUUUGAAGAUCUCGACUCACUCGUCUCCGACAGCGUGCGGAGCUACUUCCUCAACGAAGUAGACGGCCUUCAGUCCAACGACGGCAUCUUCAUGAUUGGCAGCACCAACCACCUCGAUCGCCUGGAUCCCGGUAUAGCUAAACGUCCCUCGCGCUUCGACCGCAAGUACCUCUUCCCCAACCCCAACCUCAAGGAGCGCAUCGCCUACUGCCACUUCUGGCAGUCCAAGCUCGCGGGCAACAAGUCCAUCGAGUUCCCGGACAAGCUGUGCGAGGCCAUCGCCGGGAUCACCGACGCCUUCAGCUUCGCCUACAUGCAGGAGGCCUUCGUCGCCGCCCUGCUCGCCAUCGCGCGCAGCGAGGGCCGCGACGACGACGACGACGACGACUCCGUGGACGACGAGUACGGCGUGGCCACGGUCGACCUGGCCGACGAAUGGGUCGGCGUGGUGGACCCGGCCAGCCGCGACGACGUCGACCUGGAGCACCUGAAGCUCUGGGUGGAAAUCAAGAAGCAGAUCCGGAUCCUCCGCGAAGGAAUCAAGGAGGAUCCGGAGGAGUAG